AUGGCUUCCGACAAAAACGGCCAAUUGGCCAAGGCGACUGGCGCGCCUGAAGGCUUCACACCAGAACGCUUUGAGAAGGAACUCAAGGAUCUAGCGAAGAAGGCCAAGGAAGAUACUUGGACGAACCGUGCGAUGGGACAGGUUCUGGUCUAUGCGAAGACCCUUUUGCUUCUGGGCCUUUUGGGUGUCGCGUCGAGCGCGUCGCAGCUCAAUCUCUCCCCUAUCUAUGGCUCCAUCCCCUCUGCUGUCACGCACGCAACCGCUCUCAAGGUUGCGUGCUUCAUCGGCUGGGCUGGUAACUUGAUCCUCCGUAUGGUCAUUCCUCUGUCGACUUUCCAGCUUCUCCCAAUCAUCGCCCUGAACAUUCCGGCUGUCCAGUUUCUCCUUGGUUGCUUCACCGAUCGCAUGGGUGCUUGGUGGGGUCCUCUUAUUAUUGAGGGUCUGACUUUGAUCCCUUUGGCAAUUGCUUCGUCCGCUUCCGUGGCCGAUAUUCUUGAAGAUGCUGACCUGAGCGCACUCCCCAAGUUUGUCGCAGAUGCGGCGCCUGGUAUUGUCUCGUGGGCUCUUUUCAGACUCUCCGAGAACUUCACCAUGGAGAAGCUGCAGGGUGUUAUUGGAACUACCUUUGUGUUCACUCGCGUUGGUAUGGAGCUCGUUUUGGGAGCUAUCUACGCAGUUAUGGCACCAUCCAAGUACCUUGUCUUGGCGGUUCCCGCGCUGUUGCACACGGCUCUUUUGAACACUCACGUCAUGACACCCAUGGCUACGGAAUCUCUCAACACUACAUUGAUCUCUCAGAACUGGACACUACUGGACCGUCGCGAAUCGCUGACCGGCUAUGUCUCGGUUAUUGAGAGUCUGGAUAGAGGUUAUCGUGUGAUGCGAUGCGACCACAGUCUUCUUGGUGGCCAGUGGGUUCACGUUAACGGCCGCCGGGUGUCUGAGCCUAUUUACGGCGUCUUUGUCAUGCUCGAGGCUGUCCGUCUUGUUGAGAGGGAGGCUCCUCUGCUUGACAGCGAAGCUAGCGCACUCGUCGUUGGACUUGGUAUCGGAACCACCCCUUCUGCUUUUGUCUCUCACGGCAUUGAUACUACUGUUGUUGAGAUUGACCCAGCGGUUCAUGAAUUUGCUCAGAAAUACUUUGAUCUCCGCGAAAAUAACCCUGCUGCGGUCGCUGAUGCUGUUUCUUACACCGCUGAUCUCGUCAAGCAAUCCAAGACUUAUGACUACAUCGUUCAUGACGUGUUCACUGGUGGUGCAGAGCCUGUCGACCUCUUUACUCUCGAGUUUCUGCAGGGCUUGGGAGACUUGCUGAAGCCUGAUGGAGUCAUUGCCAUUAACUAUGCUGGUGACUUUGGUCUUCCUACCCCCCAGCUCAUCUACCGCACCAUCAAGCAGGUCUUCCCCUCAUGCCGAAUCUUCCGUGAGCAUGCACGCGCAGAGGCCGACGUUGAGAAGUGGGGAAGCGACUUCACCAACAUGGUCAUUUUCUGCCGCAAGACUCCUGGAGAUGUUACCUUCCGUCGCCCUACCCAAAAGGACUUCCUCCAGAGCCAGGUCCGACGCAACCUGUUGUUGCCUAAGCACGAGAUUCAGGAGCAGCUUUUGCUUGAGGGUGAAGCUACGGACGUGCUCAACAAGAACGAGACCAGCAAGGUUACCAAGUGGCAUCAGGAGAGCGCUGCCGGGCACUGGAAGAUCAUGCGAUCUGUGCUGCCUGGUUACAUCUGGGAGCAAUGGUGA